AAAGAAGAGAACCACUCUCUCUAUCUCUAGUCUUUUUAUACGUAACAAGAGGAUUUUUUUUUCUUGGAUUAAUAGAGGAAAGAAAAAAAAAACCAAACGAACAACACAACAGCUAGAUCAUCAACUUCUUUCUUUUUUGGGCAAAUUCAUGUCUUUCGACCAAAUCAAUACAACAAGAGCAGAGAAUAAUCAAACAAUAAAGAACAUAAAACACAUUAACGACUCUGAGAAUACAGCGGAACAGCAUGAUUUGCCUAAAUCAAGAAAUAGCAAGCAACGAUCUCCAGAUCCAAAUGCACCUUGUUACAUCCAUCAGCUUUCGAUAGAAGUUGUUACCCAUAUAUUUGCUAGAUUGGAUCCAAUCAGCUUGGCUACUGUUGCCAAGGUAUGCCAUUACUGGAGGCACAUUGUGAACAAUGACGUCUGCUGGAGAGACGCUUUUAUAUCAUAUUUUGGAAAACUACCGUAUAAGAGAUUAAGCUUAGAAAGUUGGAAGACUGAAUAUAUACUUCGAACUCAUUUGAUAAGAAAGUGGACAAAGAGCCGAGGACCAGUUAUAUCAUUCGCUCCAAAAAUAGGAUCUUUAGAAUCCAUGUAUGUUGACUUUGAGGAUGCAAGUAUGAUCGUUGCUAGCUCUGAGCAAGGAGUAGCUGCCAAAUGCAAUCCUAUGACUGGGAAAAUCGAUCGACAUCUGCUUUAUAGUACAAAUGAAGCUAUACCGCUACAUGUUACCGCAACCAAAGUAGAAAAAGACCGCAUUGCCUGGGGAUUUCAGCCUGGAUAUAUCACCUUAUUGGUUCGAACGAAAAGAAGCGCUCAUGUUGCUAAUAGACUCAAGGUUUUUUCAGAUUUUCAUCAAGGACCCGUGAGGAUCUUGGUGCUUCCUUCAACGAAUCAAGAUAUUAUUUUGAGUGGAGCGGACGAUGGUCAAAUCAAGAUUUGGGACGUAGCAUCCCUCUCUUGCGCCUGGACUUUAAGUGGUCCUUCCGCUGUAGCUAAACCCACUUGUUUGGAAGUAACGAACGAUCAAAGAAUUAUUGCAGGAUAUAGUGAUGGUACUGUUAUCAUUUGGAACAUAAACCUCAAUCAUGUCCUUCGGAUGAGCCGUAGUCAAAGGAGCGAAAAUUAUCAGCAAGCAUAUACAGAGUUUUAUCAAAAGAUAGAAGAGAACAAGCGUGUUAUUUCUCCUCCUCGAAGCCGUGGUAUUGUUACACCUGUUCAAUCCAUGCUAUACGACAGUGAAACGAGUAUGAUCAUAGUGGCUUAUAAUGGGCGAACAGAAGUUAAAAAGUUUAAUGUCAACACUGGAAUUUGCACGGCAUCAUUUAGCGAUGGUCAUUUUGUGGGCACGACGAUUACUUGCAUGCAGUGGGACACCUCUCCUUCGUAUCUCAGCACACUAGACGAAGCUUUAAAGCCUCAUCCAGAUAGCAAAAAGAAAGCCAAUAUCAUACACUUGGCCAGCCCAAAAUCAUCUGGGCAGAGUACACCUUUAGCCACCGGUGUAUCAGCUAAAGCAACUCGUUUGCUCGUCACUGGAGAUGAUUUGGGCGUCAUUUGCUUAUGGAAUGGAGAUGAAGUCGGUAAAGAUGGUCAAAUAAUUAAGCCUAUACAAAUUUUAUCUGGUGGGCACACAGUUGCUAUAAGCAGUAUUUAUGUGGAUGCUUUCAAAAUUGUGACUGGAAGCGAUGAUGGUUGGAUUCGCAUGUGGGAUCCUUUAACUGGCGUUAAUAUCCAUACAUUGGGCAAUAAGAUACCUAAAAAUGCGCCUGUCGACCGUACAGAUGUCAAUGUGAUGCGUGUAAAGAACAUUUGGUGCAGUGAAUACCAAGGUGUCGCGACUAUCGGCCAUCAGGUUAAGACCUGGGACUUUUCUCCAAGAAAGCAAUUGUUAAAUAAGAAGCAGUUGAAACCUAAAGGAAAAUUUGGAAGUGGCAAUGCCCGGGACAAGUAUAGAUAUGAAAUUGAUCAGGAAGUAAAGGAUUCAAUCAAGAAAUUAGAAAAUGAAAAAAAAGAAAGACAGCGCCAUGAAAUGAAAUUAAGCAAGUUGACACUGGAAGGCUUAUCUGAUGAAGAAAUGCUGCACUAUGCUUUAAUGUUAUCUCAAGAUACCUCAGCAAUAGAUGUAGCUCCACAACCAUCAAUAACACAUGAUGACUAUGUUGAUGAUGACGAAGAGUUGCUAAAGGCAGUUAUUGCUAGUCUGAAUGUUGAUCAAGAUACAAACGAAAAGAAUAGUUUUGUUGGCAGCUCUAAUACUAGUAAUCAUUCAGAUGCUGGCUCAAGUGAUCAAGAUGAAUGGCCAUCAGCAGCAGAAUCCGAAACAGCUAAUCUAGCUGCUACACAUGAAAAGAAUGAAAUUGAUGAAGAGCUUUUAUAUGUAUUAGAAUUAAGUAAAACGGACAAAUAAACAAUACUUUUUAGUUUCUUGACAAAAGG